CAAUUUGAUCCAUCAUAUCAACAAUAUAAUCAAAAUCCGGAUUUACCAUUGCAUCCAUUAUCGUAUAACCCGAAUUCACUAUAUCAAUAUAACCCGAAUUCACUGUAUCAAUAUAACCCGAAUUCACUGUAUCAAUAUAAUCCGAAUUCACUAUAUCAAUAUAACCCGACUUCAUAA